GGGGGAGAUAACAAAGAAACUCAUUUCUUGUCUUGGGGAACGAAGUUUAACCGGAAAAUUUGCAUUUGUUUUAACUUUUAAUAAUAGUAAAACGUUCUGUAAUAGUACUAGAAAACAUGAUUAAAUUAGACAUCUAUUGGUUAAAUGAGGUUCAUUUCCUCGUACACUCCGUCAGUCUCAGUCGAUAUCUCCAUCUCCUUCCUAUAUAUUUAUUCACCCACCGCUUCUUCUCACAAAAAUAAUGCCUUCCCUCCAACGCCGUCAGCCAUGAACGGACUCUCACCCCACCUCCGUUAUCCUUCCCAAACUCAGACUAAAACUCUCAACAAACGAAACGCCUUCUCCCAUUCUUCCAACGGCGGCGGCGCCACUCUCAGAGCAAAACCGACCGGCGCGGACUUCUCAUGCUCAUCGGACGAUAAGGACACGAUAAAGAAGGAUAGCAAACCAAUGUCAAAAGUUGUUGACGGCGGCGACGGAGGAGAUCGUUUCGCCAAAAAGAAUCAUGAUUGGAAAUCGUUGAUAGACAAGGCUUAUUUCAUGAGAUGGAGAACAGAGGAUGUUUCCGGCGUGUUCCGCCACCAUCCGAUACCGUGCGUUUUCGCCGCCUGCGUGUUGUUUUUCAUGGGCGUCGAAUACACGCUCCGGAUGAUCCCGUAUUCAUCUCCACCGUUCGAUCUGGGCUUCGUUGCCACCGUCUCUCUUAAUCGGAUUCUCGCAUCCCGGCCAUUCCUCAACAAUUUUCUCGCUGGACUCAAUACGGUGUUUGUGGGGAUGCAAACGGCGUACAUAUUGGGGACGUGGUUGUUGGAAGGCCGGCCGAGAGCUACGAUAUCGGCGUUGUUCAUGUUCACAUGCAGAGGAAUUCUCGGAUACGUUACACAGUUACCCGUGCCACAGGAUUUCUUGGGGUCGGGAGUGGACUUUCCAGUCGGUAACGUCUCAUUUUUCCUGUUCUAUUCCGGCCAUGUUGCGGCGUCGGUGAUAGCUUCUAUAGACAUGAAAAGGAUGCAAAGAUGGGAAUUGGCGUGGACAUUUGACCUUCUCAAUUUGUUGCAAGUGGUUAGGCUGCUGAGCACAAGAGGGCAUUACACAAUUGACUUGGUCGUCGGGGUCGGUGCCGGGAUACUGUUCGAUUCCAUGGCCGGAAAGUACUUGGAGGGUAAGAAAAAAGAAGCAGCCGGUGGCACAAACAAAGGCUAUGGUGCUUUGUAUAGCUUGUGAAUUGUGUGUGAUAGGUUGAUUUUGUCCCUCCAAAAUUUCUAGAUGGGUAAACUCUUAAAAUGUCUAGUCUUCUUUAAUCUUUUCUCAUGAUAAGACUCGGUUUUGAUAAUGUUCUGCACUCUGCAGUAAUUGUGCCUUCCUCUUUAGUUUUCUUUGUAGAAAUGUAAAUAGUUGUAUUGUAAAUACAAGAAACUGUUAUAAAAAAAACAUGAUGAUAAAGAAAAUUGGUAAAGUAUUACAAAUAUACUUGUUACAUACAUACAAUCUUACAUACCUUAAGAAACAGAC